AUGACGGAACAGACUUUUGUUUUGCGCUCGAGAGUGUUGAGUAACAGUGCUGCUGAGUUCGUGGAAACCAGGGCAGGACCCGCGAUAGCGAACCAAAUGAUAAGAGCAAACGGCCAGGCUGAAGAUAUGGCACCAGAAUUCGUCAGUGAACUCGAUAAAUUCUUACCUAAGGAGGAUAUCCCCGACGAUGCAAAUAUUUACAAAUAUUCAACUGAACAAUUAGAGAGGUUUCAGGACAUACUGAAUAACUUCUGCGAAACUUUGAAAAGGCAAAAAGUGGACAAAAAGCUUGGCAUAGAGCUUAAAGAUCCGACAGACUACACUUUUUCUGAUGUUCUUUCAAUAGCACGUGAAUUGUACGACAAAAAAGAAGGGCCGCAGAACACUAAGAGCUGUAUGGGUACAAUUCGAAGGUGCUUCAGAGCUGCUGAACGACAUGAAGGUGCCUUGAAAACGCUUCUGUCGUUUGUUCCAAGCGAUGCGUAUGGCUCGAUGAUCUGCGGAGGCUUCACCUUGGUCAUGACCGGAAUCGUGGCUCAUCAAAAGCUGAGGAAUGAAAUUCAAGCAGCGCUUGCUGACAUACCACAAAAGCUGAGCAAUGUUCAUCGCCUUACUGAUCUUCACAUGAAAUCCUGGCCUCUCAAAACCUGCGCUCAUUCGGUACUGCUCGCAAUUUUCGUCGUGCUCGAGAAGAUUGUAGAGAAAUUAUCAAUGAAUGUCAGUGAAAACCUCACUGCCAAACUAAAAGGUCGCGGUAGCGACCUUGAAGACGCGCUCACUUCACUCGAUGAGAAUAUAAACAGAUUUCAAAUAAAGGUGGAGGUUUGUGCACAACAAAGAUUAGGCAGAAUCGAGACCAACGGCAACUCAAUGAAUACAGCAUUAGCUUCAUUCAAGAAAAGCCUUCAAGAAAUCUCGAGCAGCCAAGAGGAAGUCAAGAAAACGAUUGAAAAUCAACUAAAGUUUUUAGCGGGGAGAGCCCAGAACCCCCAAGAGAAACUUCAAGCAGAAGUUUGGAAUAUGAUGUACCGCUUUUUUGCUAGUGACCCAGCAUUUAAUGCAAUUGAUGGCAAAGCCAAUCAAGACGUAGUCAGCCAAAAGGAAAUCAAGAGCUCGUCAAGAUCUUUGCUUGACAGAAAUCAAGAACUAGUCAGCAAGUGGCAAAAGGCGCUACCAGAUUCCAACCACGACUGUGCCUCGUAUAUCGCAGAAUAUCUGAAGCACCUGGCAGGUUCAAGUCUUGCUUUGAGAGACAAGGUGCUAUUUAUAAUGCAAUCGAAUGAGUUAUACGAGUGGCUGGCUCAGACACAGUCAUGCACUUUGGAGAUUGCCGCAGACACACCGCCAGAAGACCUGAUGAAUCCUAUAUCAACAGUUACAGCGUUGUUGUCGAAAACAACUUCGCACUCGCAGAAACAUCCCGUACUGUCUUUCUUUUGUGGAUUGAAAACAAACGACACAAGAGAAGAAGAAGUAUCCGGCACAUUAGGAAUUUUGAGAAGUCUGAACGCGCAACUGUUAGAAUUUAUCUUGCAUAAUAGGCAGGCCAUCGAUCUUGAAUUUCUUGCGGACAGAAAGUAUGCCCAAACGACAAAACAAAAGAAAAAAUCGGCAUGGCUACUAUUUACGCACUUGCUACAACUAUUACCAGAUUCUGACGUCGUCUUCAUUUUGGUCGAUUCGUUUUCUCGAGUCUCAGGGUCAGACGAAGAUGGAGAGAAGUUGCUGAGUAGAAUUAUUGGGCUUGAGGAAGUAGCCAAAAGUCUUAUAUUCAAGGUUCUAGUCACUGACUUACUGCCAAACUCGGCAAUAAGUAAGUUAGAACAUAUGACACUCCGAGUCCCAGACAACGUCGAUGGCGGACAAUUUGGUCUUGACGUUGAGCUGCUGCAGCAGGAGAAUGCGGUGACAUUCCAAAGAUUGCUCGAGGAACAAAAGGAUGUGGAAAAGGAAAGCUCAAGCUACGAAUCUUCUGAAGAGGAUUGGUGA